UAUGUUCACAACAAUUAAACAAUUAUUCUCUUUUUCUUUCUUUCACUUUUGACCGACACUUUUCUAUGAUGAACUUGCAAAGGCAAAAUUUGUUUGUUUUCUUGCUCUUAAUCAUAAUCACCACCAAUGUUUUCGCCGAGUGCACAUGCGAACGAGAAGAAGACGAGGGCAAAAAAAGUGAAGCACUCAAGUACAAACUCAUUGCACUUGCUUCAAUCCUCAUAUUUGGUGCCAUCGGUGUUUGUAUACCCUUCAUCGGAAAAAUCGUUCCAGCACUAAGCCCGGAGAAAGAUGGUUUCUUUAUAAUCAAGGCAUUCGCUGCUGGAGUCAUAUUGGCUACUGGUUUCAUUCAUAUACUCCCUGAUGCAUUCGAGACCUUAACAUCUCCUUGUUUGAAAGAACACCCAUGGGGUGAAUUCCCGUUUACAGGUUUUGUUGCGAUGGUGGCAACCAUUCUGACUCUCUUGUUUGAGACUUCAUCCGCGGCUUAUCAGGUCAGAUCUCAUACACAAGCACGCAUAAAGAAUCAUGGAGACGAGGAGAUAAACCAGGGGCAUAGUGGUCAAGUGGCUGCUCAUACUCAUGCAUCUCAUGGACAUGCUCAUGGAUCUAUGAUCCAAGUUGAGGAUGGUUCUUCGGGUUUAUCACAAGUUGAUCGCUAUCGAAUUGUGUCCAAGGUGCUGGAAUUGGGUAUCAUUGUUCAUUCAGUUAUUAUUGGAUUGUCUAUGGGUGCUUCUGAAAGUCCAAAAACCAUAAAACCAUUAGUCAUUGCAUUAACUUUCCACCAAUUUUUUGAAGGAAUAGGUCUUGGAGGAUGCAUCUUUCAGGCGGAAUUAAAGUCGUUAUCUGUAAUUAUAAUGGGAGCACUUUUUAGCCUUACAACCCCUAUUGGUAUUGUAAUUGGGAUAAUAAUAACCAAUUCGUACGACGAAAAUAGUUCUACUGCACUAAUAGUAGAGGGUGUAUUAAACUCUGCAUCAGCAGGAAUCUUAAUCUAUAUGGCACUUGUGGACCUUCUUUCACCAGACUUUAUGAACCCACGUUUGCAAAAGAACAAGAUGCUUUUGAUUGGAUCAAAUGUUUCUCUUCUUUUAGGUGCUGGUCUUAUGUCGCUGCUUGCAAAGUGGGCUUGAAUUUAUUUGUUGGUAAAUAUACUUCGGGUGUAAAGUGAUUAUUUGUUUUCAUAUAUUUAUAACUCUUGUGUUUUGAUAUUCUUUUUGUAUGUGUGUUUUUGAAUCUGAUUAUUUGAUUUGCAAUUACAUAAUCAGCGGUAUGCAGCAAAAUAAUGUUUGGAUUUGUUUUGUUGUUAUACGUUGUGUAAUAUUUUAUUUUGACGGUGUUGGGUGCAAAUUAUGAUUAUUAUAAUCAUUAAUUAAUAAAAUGAUGUUGUUAUA